CCUCGAUAAAUCGAUAGCACGAACAGCUGUGCCGGCCGUGUUUUCUUCUCAUUUCUCCACUGUGUUUACAAUUAUCUAAUCGUAAAUUAAAACUAUGUCCUGGCUGGGCAAUACGAUUCAGAAGCUCGGCAGAGCCACGCUCCUGGCAGUGGGUGGAAAAGCACUCGCUCCCCUUACCAACACGAGCUCCACUGUGCGACAGUUAUCCCACGCUGAGCGACGAGCACGCGGUCCCACUGUGCGGCGGUAUGGAUACGAGGACAAAAUUUACAAGAGUGGUCUACUGCCCCAUUUGGACAAUGGACAAAAGCUGCCCAUGCCAGUGUAUCGUCCGAAGAACGCAUGGUCCAAGAAACGCGCCCUGUUUGGCCAGAACGACUACAUCGACAUCCUGGGCAACGAUCGACUGCAUCCGGUGAAAGUCCUCUACUCCUUGCCCUCCUGGCUGCGUGGCGUCUCCGGCAACGAGUACCAGGUGCUGCUCCGCAAGCGCAGACUGCUCGAGAAGUCUAAAUUCCCGAUCGCCCGACCCACCAAAUGGCGGGAAAUGGAGAAGCGCAUCCUAUAUCUGUACAGGUUCCUCAACCGCAAGACCAAAACGGGUUAUUCACAUCAGUAGAUCCAUUAAGAUCAAAUAAAAUGUUUUGUUUUAAUUUGA